UUUGUUGCACAACCUGUAGCAAAGUAGUUAGCAAAGCCGUCUAUGAGCAAAGCUAAUACUAGCGCGCUAACAUCGCUUCAUCCAAUACGACAUGCUGGUUGAAGUCUUGCACGGAAAAGGCUCUAACCUCACCCAGUGAAACCACAAGCUGUUGUGAUGGCAGAACCUAAGCCUCCUACUCCAACCCCUGGAGACACAUACAAGGGUUGGCUCUUCAAAUGGACUAACUACAUAAAAGGUUAUCAGAGACGCUGGUUUGUUUUGAGCAAUGGACUGUUGUCAUAUUAUAGGACCCAGGCAGAGAUGGGUCACACAUGCCGAGGCACCAUCAACUUGGCCACAGCCAAUAUUGCUGUGGAGGACUCAUGCAAUUUUGUAAUUUCCAAUGGUGGAGCACAGACCUACCACCUUAAGGCCAGCUCAGAAGUAGAGCGCCAGCGAUGGAUCACUGCUCUGGAGCUUGCCAAAGCAAAGGCUGUCCGUAUGCAGGCUGAAUCUGAUGACUCAGGUGACGAUUGUCCUGCAGUGCCCCCCACCUCAGGACAAGGUGGGGGCUGCCGUAACACAGAAAUCCAAUCUACAUUACGAACACUGAGCAGCAAGGUGGAGGACCUCACCACCUGCAAUGAUCUCAUUGUCAAGCAUGGGUCUGCCCUCCAAAGGUCUUUGUCAGAACUGGAGGGGAUUCGUGUUGGAGGGGACAUGGGGGAAAAGAUCCGACAAGUUACAGAGAGGGCCACAUUGUUCCGAAUCACCUCUAAUGCCAUGAUCAAUGCAUGUAGAGACUUCCUCUCCCUGGCCCAGAACCACAGUAAGCGCUGGCAGAAGGCCUUACAGACUGAAAGAGACCAGAGGAUACGACUGGAGGAGACUUUAGAGCAACUGGCUAAACAGCACAACCACUUGGAAAGAGCUUUCAGAGGAGCUACAGUUCUCCCCCCUUCAUUCAGCAAUCCCGCCUUAGCUAACAAAGGUGGUGUUUCAGGAAAAGGUGAUGCCAGUGAUGAGGAUGAUGACAAUGAGUUCUUUGAUGCUAUGGAAGACCCAGCAGAGUUUAUAACUGUCCCUGCUGACCCCAAGUAUCACAGGAGAUCUGGCAGCAAUGUUAGUGGGAUCAGCAGUGAGACUGGAAUGGAUGAUCAGUCAGUAAAUUUUGAUGAGCUGUCUUUGGCUUCCAACCCGGAGUCUCCCCAGCCUCUUGAGCUAGAGCCAGUCAGACAAAGACGAACUCGUAUCCCUGACAAGCCCAACUAUUACCUCAAUCUGUGGAGCAUCAUGAAGAACUGCAUUGGAAAGGAGCUCUCAAAAAUACCAAUGCCUGUGAAUUUCAAUGAGCCCCUCUCAAUGCUGCAACGUCUUUCUGAAGACCUGGAGUACUACGAGCUGCUGGAUAAGGCAGCUAAAUGUCAGAGUUCACUAGAGCAGAUGUGUUACGUCGCUGCUUUCACAAUCUCUUCCUACUCCACCACUGUCCACCGCACCGGAAAACCCUUCAAUCCUCUGCUGGGAGAAACUUUUGAGCUUGAUCGUCUCAGAGAUUGUGGCUACCGCUCCCUGUGUGAACAGGUGAGUCACCAUCCACCUGCUGCUGCUCACCAUGCAAUCUCUGAAAAGGGUUGGACCCUCAGACAAGAAAUUACAUUGGCCAGCAAGUUUAGAGGAAAAUAUCUCUCUAUCAUGCCCUUGGGUUCUAUCCAGUGUUUAUUUGAUAAGAGCAACAAUCACUACUCUUGGAAAAAAGUUACUACAACAGUACACAACAUUAUUGUGGGGAAAUUAUGGAUCGAUCAGUCAGGGGAAAUAGAUGUGGUGAACCACAGGACAGGAGAUCGCUGCCACCUCAAGUUUGCUCCCUACAGUUACUUCUCCAGAGAUGUACCAAGAAAGGUGACAGGAGUAGUAACAGAUAAGGAUGGAAAGGCCCAUUAUGUGCUGUCGGGAACAUGGGAUGAGAAGAUGGAGUUUUCCAGGGUAAUGCAGAGCAGCAAAGGCGAGAACGGCACUGAAGGUAAACAGAGGACUGUCUAUCAGACCCUCAAAGCCAAAGAAAUCUGGAGAAAGAACCCUUUACCGGAGGGAGCAGAGAACAUGUACUACUUCUCCUCACUGGCCCUGACACUCAAUGAGCCAGAAGAGGGAGUGGCACCAACAGACAGUCGAAGGCGCCCUGACCAGCGAUUAAUGGAGGAAGGCCAUUGGGAUGAGGCUAAUGCAGAGAAACAGAGGCUAGAAGAAAAACAGCGCCUUUCCCGUCGAGAAAGGGAGAGGGAAGCUGUUAAAGUAGCCAGCUCACCUGAGGAAGAUGUCAUUGAGGAUUCAAUCAAUGAUUCACCCCUGAAAAGCACCCAUCUAGACAACUACCAAGCACUGUGGUUUGAGAAGAUCGACGACCCUGUAUCCGGAGAGACCUUGCAUGUCUACAAGGGGGGUUACUGGGAGGCAAAGGAUCAAGGCACCUGGGACAUGUGCCCCGACAUCUUCUGAUCACAGUUAGAUGAGCCUGUUUCCCUUAGUCGUGUAUAAAUAAGAUGGUAACUGCUACUUUACAUUAGCUAAAGUGGGGAAUCAAGCCUGACAUCAGUCUAUCUUCAGUGUCCGUUGCUUUAACUGACCACCCCACCUCAGCUCCCCUAUUCCAGUAGAGAUUUGCGCAGGAUCAAGGCCAUGUGGAUUUAACUAUCAACAUAGAUAGAACACACACUGUGCAUUGUUGUAACAUUGCAUCUGGUUAGUGUUCAGAAUCCCCUCUCACUGCCUCUCAAACACUUGGUCUUGGUCUUCUGCUUGUUCUCAGUCCAGGGGCCUUGGUACGGCCUUUGAGUUGUAUUUGGCAACAGGCAUAAUUCAUCCAGAUGAAAUCUUAAAAGAUAUAUUUGCUUAGAUAUUUGUGAUCCACUACCUAAAAUGUAAUUUAUGUGUUUGUGUUUGUUGUGCAUUCAUUAUUUUUCAUUAUUUUGCAAUUCAGCUUCCCCAGUGCAGCACCACAACAACUUAAAGUUUAGUCAUACCCAACGUUUUCAGAAGUUCACACAGUAGAUACUAACUACACCAGUUUCAGACCACAUGAUAUGCAUAGAUGGGAAGGCUUCAGUGGUACUGACAAAUGUCAGUUAAGCACUACUCUUUUCUCAAGGACGUAAUUAACGGCACAUUUCAAAAAUGAUACUGAGUUUGCCUUUGGAUUUAUGGUUAAUUAAGGUGCUACGUUAUUCACUGAAGUGAAACAGCAACUAUAGAGAUAUACUAUAUCUACCCAUUAGCCUUUUUUAUUUUUGCACUCAACUAGGCUAUUUCAAAAUUUGUUGGCUAUUUUUUUUCUCCCUGACAUACAUAGCAGUGGUGAAGAGACAUGAAAAUAGUUCAUUAUGGUUAUGCCGCUCCUCCUACUUAAUUUGACCUGAUAAAGUCUGGUUUGGUUAUAUUUCAUAAAUAGGGAGUCUUUACUUUUUUCAGUCUUGAAGAAUAGCAUUUACUUUUUCUAUUCUUUUGUCUAUUUUUUUGAUUUUUUUUGGAAAAAUAAUGGCAUUUCUGUGUGCAGCAUAUAAAUUUUAAUAUGGUAUUUAUUUCAUUACACGUUGAAGCAAAUGUUAACAUAUUGAAUACCAGGAAAACUGAAGUAGUGGUACAAAUCUUGUGUUGACAAUUUAAAAUAUAAAAAUAUUAAUGGCACUCUGGCAAGGAAUUUGGGGGUUCGGGUGGGGGGGUCAUUUAAACCCUGUCCUUUUCCCCGUUUAUUUUUGUUAACCCUAACCCUAGAUUUACACUGAUCAUUAUGUUUAAGAUAAAAUGUGUUAUGUGCUAGUUUACCCUGCUUCUCCAACCCAAGCACAUGAAUUUCAGACUUGUAUUUUCAUAUCUAAACUUUGUGCUCUUGCUUACUAGAGGAUCAGCCAUCAAAAUUCUGUUUUCAGAGUAUAUGUUGAGGCUCACAGUUUGAACAGUUGUUCAAUUUAGAGCAGUCACUGAGCCUUGUGCGGGUUCUACUGGCUUUAUGAUGAUUGAAGGGAUGCGAAAUAUGCGGCAAGUGUUUUUGUCUUCCUGGUUUCCUUCAGACGUAUUGAUCAUAGCUUUAAUCUUGAAUUAGGAUAUUUAAGUCUUUGUGUGUUGCGAGUGAAUAUUUUUAACAGACAGCAAUAAGAGUGCCUCAGUGUGUAUACACCUGGCACAGAAUGAAAUGUGAUGACAGUGUGAAUCGAGAAGGCUGAAUUCUGUCUCUGUAUUUGUCUCUUUUGUUGUUCGUCACUUGAGUGGAAGGACUGUAUGGUUGAUGAAAGUCUAAAUGUAAUUUUUUAUUCAAGUGUACUUAAAAGAAGAACACUAAAAAUGAAGAUCACAGAACAUAAUGUUGCAAAUAUUUCUUUGUUAAUGUAUUAAAUGGUAGAGUAAUUGUGAUAUUAACUGGUUAUGUUAAUAGAGAAUCAAAGUGGUGAUGCACUUUUAAAUUUUUUUUCUUGGUCAUUUUUGUUUACUCAGAUGUGGAUAUCCUAUCCUAUCCUAUCCUGAUACCGUAAGUCACCCUUUACCACCUAGAAAAGCUUUGUAUUUUAAAUUAUAUUAAAUUUUUUUUUUUGAUCUACACUAUCCCUUCCAGCUUUAAACUUAUGCUUUAUACAUCCUUUAAAUAUAUGUCUUGGUACUACAUUACAUCUCUUCAAUUACAGAAUGGGUUUACAGGCUUCUUUCUGUCGUCUCUGUCUUUUUUAAUACAAGAUAAUCUUGAUUUUUAACCAUUGGUCUUAAUUGUGUAACCCCACUAUUGCAUCUUUGUUUUUAACUUUUUUCAUUCCUACUUUUUUUUAUUCCAUUUCUUGUUUCAAGCUAUGUUUUUUCCCUGCACAAAAAGAAUGAAGGUGUUAUUGCACUACUUGGUUUGAAUGAUGAUAAGUCAACUUUUGAAGUCUGCUACUGAAGACUUCAAAAGUCUCACUUUGUGAGUUUGUUUUGGGAAUUUUUCCUAAACCAUGUUCAGUAAUUGCAAACACAUAUAUGUGCAUAAGUUAAAAAUAUAUAUAUACAAAUGUAUUGACUUAUAGUCCCAGCAUACUUUUCACUUUUUCUGUCUGUUAAUUCAGUUUUUUAGCAGGAUUGUGUUAGAAGCUGACAGUUAAAUUAAAGUCUGUAUUGAGAUGA